GGCAACCGAAACAAACAGGGGCGCGCCGGCAGAGCGCGUGCGUGUCUUCUCUCUCUCUCUCUUUUUUUGCAGCGGGGAGAUCUAGAAGAUGCGCCUUCAGUGCAGGAUGGUGCAGGCAGAGGAAGUUUCUCUCCCUGGUUUUCAAUCAGGUGAAAGUUCCAGGUUGGAAGAGCUUGCAAAACCAAAGGAGAUCAAAGACGUGUGGAACUUUUUCCGUAAGUUAGUCUGGGGAAACCAAGAUACAAUAUGGCCCCUUUCCUCACGUGCUCUGAUGUGUCGGCCAACUUCAAGAGUCUUAGGCCUGGCAAAACCCAAGAAACUAGAUGCAAAUCUCCCGCGCAGGUCCAUCCAUUUGUAUAGUUGUGGCCGUUCGUCUGAGAUCUGGCACCGCCCUCCUGGAUUAUAUUCUAUAAUCCCGAGCCAACGGAUAUUACACCUAGCAGAACCUAGAAGAUGCGCAGAAACGUACCUGAAACAAAGGCCCCGCAGUUCCCCGCAGUGGCCUGUCAGUAGCGCAGCACUUUGCUGGGAAGCUUCCCCAAGGAUUUUGAGCCUCUCACAUCCGCGAAGCCUGCCCUCAUCCUUCUCCUUUCCAAAAGAGCCUGAAACGCGUGUUAGUAGGUCUGCAAUGCAUGCUUCGGCAUCCGCAAGAAUCAUAAGCAUUUCCCAACCGGUACAGAAGAGAGAUACCUUGUGCUAUGACAGCAGAUACAAGGAGGCUCCGAUCCGACACGUGACCCGGGCUGCCUUGAAUGCGGUGGCAAGUCCGAGGUUAAUAGAGCUUGCGAGAGCGAAAGCGCUGGCUCCGGGGAGUGCCCCUGACCGGCCCCCUGAGUGGCCAGUCUCAGCAGCGGCAAAACAUGCUGUGGCUUCGCCUAGACUUGGUGAACUUGCUCAGCCUGUCGCAAGGGCCGCGACCCAAAUUGUCCAGUUUAACCCAGAAGCCUUUGUUGUGAAGGAGACUGCUAAAAAGGCAUACUGCUCAGAAAGGGUCAAGGAGCUAGCGAAGCCAACCCAGCGCUGAGCUAAUUCAUCAAAUGUACUUACCUCUCUCUACCUCACAGGACCUAAUUUUAAAUAAAUUAGGAGAAUAACUGUGA